AUGAGCGAAACGAACCUCAAUUUACCCGUCAAGCCUACCACGUCACGUGUUGGCCGUACUACUCAGCGCUACAACGAGGAGUCCGGUGCUCGUAUGGUGGCUGGGUGUAUUUGUCUAAAUGAUGCCAAAGACAAGGUGGUGAUGAUCCUGUCCAGCGCCCACAAGGGCCAAUGGGUGUUUCCCAAGGGUGGAAUCGAGACCGACGAAGGUGAUGACUUCGUGGUGAGUGCUGUGCGCGAGACAUGGGAGGAAGCUGGAUGUGAAGGUCGAGUAUUGGAGAAAUUGCCAGUAGUGUUGGACAUGCGAGGCCGUAAGGCGCCAGUGGUUAGCGUGGAGGAUCGACAAAAGGAUUUCGAUCCGUUGAAGCAAGUUCCAAGGCUGGAGUUCCAUUUCUACGAAUUGUUGGUUCUGAACAUGGCAGCACAAUGGCCCGAGGCAGACAAGAGAGAGAGACGGUGGUGUACGUACUCUGAGGCCAAGCACGAGCUUUUGAAGGCUAAAAGACCCGAAUUGGUCAGUGCAUUGGACUCAUCGUGCAUUGUACGUGAUUCUGAAGGUGUGGAGGGGAAAGAUGAAUAUUAA